AUGUGUGAUCUACAGAGUCAGUCAGCAGACAAUACUGACCCGGUGAAGAGGAUGCAGAGAUCAUUGUCAUCAUUGGCACGUCAGCCAGAGGAUGCCAUCAAGAAUAUCUUGGCUGCGAUUAGGUCCAAGAUGAAGCUGGUUCCACUAGAGUGCGAUCACAUCACCCUCAACCUGGACAACCAUCACAUACCCGAGAAGUUGGUGCUCUGCAUCUGUGCCACAAUCGUGGCCAACAACGAGAACUAUCACAAUCGUCACAUGACUACCACACACAAACAGACACCCGUUAGCACGAUGCGUCGAAAGAAGAUACACUCUGAGUUCGAUACACUCAUCUCACAGUACUACUUCAACCUGACCAAAUUGUCACUCAAGAGGACCGCACUCACACAGCGCAGUCUCGAAGCUUUGUCCCAAUCACUGCGCCACAACUAUUCUAUUCAGGAGCUGGACCUUGGUGGCAACGAACUCAUGUCGACCGGACUGGCCGUGCUCACGUCUGGUCUGCGCUGGAACAAGUCCGUCACACGACUCAACAUUAGCGAUGUACAGGCCUUUGACGAGGGUGCCUUUAUGAUUGCCGCCUUCCUCAUGACCACCAAGACGCUGCACACAGUGGACCUCUCGUCCAAUCACAUCACCGACCGCGGUUUCGAAUCGCUUAAGCAGGCCGCCCUCCGAAACACCACCAUCACUUCACUAUACCUCGAGGACAAUAUUAUAGGACAUGCCAACAUAGCCUCACUCAACUAUCUACUCAAGCGAAACGAAUGUGUACAGCAUGCAUUCGAGACAAUAUUCAAUGGCAUCAGAUUCAACAGAAAGUUCAAGAGUCGACUGGACAACAUGAGAAGAGGAACACAAUCAAGAGCGAGUGCAAUAGUCAACGCCACACCUGGUGGAGGAGGUAGUAACACUACUGGUACUACCACCACUGGUACACCAAUGCCACAAGAUGGCAGUCAACCAACAUUUAGAUUUACAUCAAUCAAGAAGCCUCCACCAGAGCAAACACUAAGCAAUAGGUAUAUUGUGGGAAUCAGCGAGACGAUUGGAAAGCGUCAGACAAUGGAGGACAGGAUGGUGGCAUAUGGACGAUACAGAGGAAUGGAUAACUGCGAGUUAUAUUGUGUGUUUGAUGGACAUGGUGGAAAGACAGCAUCGGACUUUGCCGCCGACAAUAUAUACAGAAUAUUUGGAGAGUAUCUAGAGUCAACUCAAUCACCUGACAAGUCAUUCCAACUGUCAUACCAAUCGAUUCACAAUCAAAUAUCAGCAUGGCCAUUCAUUGGAACAACAGCGGUAUCUGUUUAUAUCAAGGACAAUCAUAUGUGUGUGGCUAAUGUUGGAGACUCAAGAGUUGUGAUGGGAUCACUAAACUCAAACAAUAAGAUUGUUACAGAUCGAUUGACGUUUGAUCAUAGACCAGUGGAGGAAUCAGAGCGAAUGCGUAUUAUGAACUCUGGAGGCAACGUACUCAAUGGACGUGUUAAUGGAAUGUUGGCGGUAUCCAGAGCUCUAGGUGAUUCAUUCCUCAAUCCCUAUGUCACAUGCGAACCACACCUCAGGAAUCUGAUACUUAGCGACAAGAACUUAUUCCUGAUACUCGCUUGCGAUGGUGUAUGGGACAUGGUAUCUGAUGAGGAGGCAGUGGAAUUAGUUUAUAAGAAUCUGGCUGAUCCAACAAAGGCCAGUCAGAAACUGAGGGAUCUUGCCUAUGAGCAAGGGAGCACGGACAACAUCAGUGUGAUGGUUGUAAAGUUGAGUCAAUAA